AUGGAGAAACCUUCCACUAGCACAGCACAUUUGAGCUACGUUUUCGGCUUAAAAAGCAACGUUAACAACAACAUACUCUUCCUAGAUGAUCAGACCAUCAUCUACCCGUACGCAACUCAGUGCAUUAUUUACAAUUUAGAUCAGAAAUCACAAAAAUACCUCACGAUAUCCGAGAAGAACAGAGGAGUGUCUGCUCUCGCCAUAAGUCCCAAUAAACGUUACCUAGCAGUGGCGGAGAGAGGCGGUGCCGACAAACCUCUAGUAUCAAUCUAUGAUUUGGGAGUUCUGCGCAAGAGAAAAGCAUUGAUAGCUCCCAACAACGAUCCAAACACUGUAUCAAAAGAAUAUGUUAACUUGGCAUUUUCGUACGACUGCAAAUACUUUGCAGCCCAGUUGGGCAGCUCUGAUUGGGUACUUCAGUUGUGGCUUUGGGAAAAAGCCAAGUUGGAAAGUUCAGUGAGGGUGACCAACGCACAGCAAACAGCCAUCGCCGUAGCUUUCAAUCCACUGGACAAUUCAAGAUUGAGUGUUGUUGGGUUUGGGCAUGUUAAAUUUUACAAAUUUUAUGAUGGGAAUUUAAAGCAGACAACAUCCUUAAAACUUGAUAACGUUAAUUACUGUUGCCAGAGCUGGCUUCCAGAUGACAGAUUGGUGGUUGGUUCAGAAAAAGGAGUUUUGUUGUUUUUUGAAAUGGAAGAGUUCAAACACGAAAUAAACGUAGCAGAACUUGUCGAGAAAGAUUUAAAGUUUAAAGAAACUUUAAAAACUGAAAAACCAAGAAGCAGUAGUAAAAAGUUGGAGAUGGAUACAGCGACGGAUAGCAUUGCUCCAUCCAUCAACAAUCUUUCCAUGCUGUCGAAAGGUUUCGCGUGCUCCUUGCUGGAUGGCUCCGUUCACGUUUUUGACAAAGGAGAUGCUUUCGUAUAUAAGAGGACCAAGGAAAUCAGAAUGCCAAAAAUAUCAGAAAAUAGUUUUGUAAAGAGGCAGCAGUUGUUGAACAGUUUCGUGGUCAGUCCGAAUGAAGAGUUGCUGAUUUGCAGCACGAUUCAAAACCAAAUCUACCAAGUUGCUCUCAACGGCUCUAUCAAUGUUGAAAAAAUAGAAAGGUUGCUGUUUGAGUCGUUAACUCACACGUUCCACUGCAAUGAAGUGCAAGGAAUUGACGUCUGCCCUAAGAAAUCCUUGGUGGCCUCAUGCUCAAAUGACCAGUCCAUCAAGAUUUGGGACUACGAUAAGAAUCAAUUGGAAAUAUCGAAAGAGUUUCCAUUCGAGAUCCUGAGUGUGUCCAUGCACCCGAGUGGUCAUUACCUCAUCGCCGGCUUCUCAGACAGGUUGAGGUACUUGGCCGUUCUCGUCAACGACCUCAAAAUCAUCAAAGAAAUUCCCGUAAAGGCCUCUUACAAGUGCUCCUUCAGUAACGGAGGUCACCUGUUCGCGGCCACAAACGGCAACAUCAUUUCCAUCUACUCCGCCAUGCUGCAAGAAAAUGUCGUCAACUUCACUGGCCAUAAUAUGAAGAUUAGGAACUUUGCGUGGAGUAAGGACGAUUCCAAGAUGGCCUCCUGUGCUGACGUCAUCUACGAGUGGGAUGUGCUAACAGGCAGACGUUUAGGCGAGGUAAUAACGAAGAUGGUUGCCUACAAUGACAUUGCCUAUGCCCCUGACGGAAAGUCAAUUUUGGUAGUUGGGUCCGACAUGAAGGUCAAGGAAAUUGUUGACUACCAGAUCACGAGGUCGAUCGAACCAAUCAACCAGCCAAUCACUUCCCUUGUGAUACACAAUCGUCUGCUGUUCGUAUCAACUGCCUCUGGUACUCUGGGAAUUGUGAGGUACCCGCUGGCUGAGGGCACCUCAUGCACCGUCUACACGGCGCAUGAAAGCAACAUUACCGGGGUUUGA